AUGAAACAGGAACUGAUACACAGUUUCAAAUGCUUGCUUUUUCUCCCAUGCUCUUGUUUUCUGUGGAGAAAGAUGCCUUGCGUGUUGAAGGUGGCAGGUGCAGGUUGCUCUGUGGGCCUGGAGAAGGGUCAGUGCAGCUGUAACCUGUUCACCCCAUGUGCCCUGACAUGCUGUGACGUCUUGACAGGUGUCCUGACUCUUGGUCUUGACAUGUCACAUCAGGGCUGCCAGUCAGCUGCGACAGGGCUGGAAGAUCCUGCAGGCCUGGGGCUUGGUAGCACUUGCUUGGUUAAACACUUGUCACUGCUAUGGCUAAUUCUGCAGCAGGGGGAGGGAGACCUUCGUGGGCAAGUGUGUGGGAUAUAUUCAGUGCCUGGCAGUGAUGUACAGCUAUCUGCUGCUUUGGUCCACCCAUUAUUUGCCUCCCCAUCUCCUGAUACCAGCAGCCAGCUUUCUUUAGGGAACUUCUUUCAGUUUGUGCAGUUCUGGUGCAGUUACCUUUUACCCAGUACCAUGUCAGGUAAUGAAAUCAUCGUCACGAGAGGGUCAUGGAACUUUGUGCCACAUAAAGGCAGAAUCAGAUCAAGGUUCCAGACCCACUCAGCUGUGUUGUGGGUGGAGAAACGACAUCGGCAUAGCCUCCCGCUGCUGCAAGAGCUGUGGAUGGCAAGUGUCUAUCACUGUGUCCUGGUGCUGUUGGCUUGGGUGAGCCGCAUGCCUUCUCUGGCCCUCAGCUUCCAACAUCGGCAUAGCCUGACGCUGCUGCAAGAGCUGUGGAUGGCAAGUGUCUGUCACUGUGUCCUGGUGCUGUUGGCUUGG